AUGGAUGCUUGUAUGAAAUGUCCAGAAGACCAGUAUCCCAACGAGGAUCACAGUCAAUGUAUUCCCAAAGUUUUAAGCUACCUCUCUUACAAAGAAAAUUUAGGGAUCAUCUUGGCUAUCUUGGCAAUUUCUUUUUCUCUUAUCACAAUUCUAGUGCUUGGAAGUUUCAUGAAGCACAAUGACACGCCCAUAGUCAAGGCUAACAACCGGAUCCUCACUUAUAUCCUCCUUAUCUCCCUUCUUCUUUGCUUCCUCUGUGCUUUGCUCUUCAUUGGACAGCCAGGAAAAGAGAUCUGCCUUCUACACCAAAUGGUCUUUGGCAUGGUCUUCUCUGUGGCUCUUUCCUGUGUUUUGGCAAAAACAAUCACUGUAGUUAUGGCAUUCAUGGCAACCAAACCAGGAUCUGGGAUGAGGAAAUGGGUGGGGAAAAGACUGGCAAAUUCAUUUGUCCUCUUCUGCUCCUUCAUUCAAGCUAGUAUUUGUACUCUGUGGUUAUGUACUUCCCCUCCCUUCCCAGAUUCAGACAUGCACUCAUUGAAUGGGAAAAUCAUACUGGAAUGUAAUAAGGGUUCAGAGACCAUGUUUUACUGCGUCUUGGGCUAUAUGGGUUUUCUUUCCAUUGUUUGCUUCUGCAUAGCUUUUCUUGCCAGGAAGUUACCUGACAGCUUCAAUGAGGCCAAGUUCAUCACUUUCAGCAUGUUGGUGUUUUGCAGUGUGUGGUUAUCCUUUAUUCCAACCUACCUGAGCACCAAAGGAAAAUACACAGUGGCUGUGGAGAUCUUCUCCAUCUUAUGCUCCAGUGCUGGAUUACUGGGUUGCAUAUUUUUCCCUAAAUGCUACAUAAUUUUGUGCAGGCCUGAGCUGAACAACAGAGAGCAAAUAAUGGCCAGAAAAAGUGAGAGGAUGUAA